AUGCAUUGUUCGAUACCCGAAACAGUGAAUUUUCUGAAGGAAACUUACCGUAAAUACGGAAUUCUGUCGUUGUGGCGCGGAAAUUUAGCUACAGUCAUAAGAGUGACGCCCUAUGCUGCAAUACAGUUCGCAUCGCAUGAAUGCUUCAAACAGCUUCUCCGUGUUGAUCGUGAUGGGAAAUAUACGCCGGUUCGACGAUUUUUGGCAGGAUCAUUAGCGGGUGUUACACCCACCAUAAUUACUUAUCCACUGGAAACAGCAAGAGCUCGGCUUGCUUCCUCCACAAGCACCGAGUACCAGAACAUGCGGUCGCUAUUUAUCAAAAUGUAUCGAAGCGAGGGAUUCAGGUAA